AUGGCCCUGGCGCAAUGCCGGGCGCUUCACCGAGCGAAUGCGCGAUUGGCAACGCCCAAAGCUUGGCGCUUGCGCGGACGGCGCGGAAACAGUGCAGGAGCUCCUCUCGUCUUGGCCGUGCACGGCGGAGCAUGGUCCAUCCCAGAUGACAAGAAGGACGCGAACCUGUCGGCCUGCCGACGCGCAGCGGCGGAAGGCUACCGACUGCUGAAAGGAGGUGGACGGGCCUUAGACGCUGUUGAACUGGCAGUGCGGAUUCUGGAGGAUGAUCCUUCCUUGAACGCCGGACGAGGUUGUUCCUUGAAUGCUGACGGGAACGCCGAGUUGGACGCGAUGAUCAUGGAGGGCUCUUCGUUGCGAGCUGGUGCUGUGGCAGGGGUGGCGGUGCAACACCCGAUUUCGCUGUCGCGGUUGGUCAUGGAGCGGACCAUGUGA